AUUUGAAAUAAAAAUUUGCCGUCAUUUGAACCAGAUAGGAUUCUGCGAACUUUGAGUAAAACUCGAGGGAUUUUUAGUAUUUAAACCAAUAAAAAACUUCUCAUUUAGCAUUUUGUUCUUUUGUAGCAUUGUAGCUCAAUUAUGGGAGUCCGGUUAUGAGCUUAACCGAGUUGGUACCUUCUCGGUUGAAGCGGCCUGCUUUGUUCCUAGGCCUUAGCCCAAUUUCAAGGUAGUCUAGCAAGCAAAGUCAGCAUCCCGAUUCAUCGUUGAAAAAUUCGGAGAAAUGAAUCAGCGAAACAAAAGAACACACAGAAAAUAAAGAUUUAGGCCAAGGUUUUCACACAGAAGAAGAAAAAAUGGAGCAGAAGAACAACUACAGCAUUAUAGUACCUACUUACAACGAGCGCCUCAACAUUGCUCUCAUCGUCUAUCUCAUCUUCAAACAUCUCCGGGAUGUUGAUUUUGAAAUAAUUGUUGUGGAUGAUGGGAGCCCUGAUGGUACUCAGGAAGUUGUGAAACAAUUGCAGAAACUGUAUGGUGAAGAUCGUAUUCUAUUGAGACCUAGACCUAAGAAGCUUGGAUUGGGAACAGCUUACAUUCACGGUUUGAAGCAUGCUUCUGGAAAUUUUGUUGUAAUCAUGGAUGCUGAUCUGUCACAUCAUCCAAAAUAUUUGCCAAGCUUCAUCAAGAAGCAGUCUGAAACUGGUGCCAGCAUAGUUACUGGAACACGAUAUGUCAGAGGUGGUGGCGUGCAUGGAUGGAAUCUGAUGCGCAAGCUAACAAGUAGGGGAGCCAAUGUUCUUGCACAAACUCUUUUGUGGCCUGGUGUAUCAGACUUAACUGGCUCUUUCAGGCUUUAUAAGAAAUCAGUGCUUGAAGAUGUCAUUAGCUCCUGUGUUAGCAAGGGAUAUGUAUUUCAAAUGGAGAUGAUUGUUAGGGCUUCAAAGAAAGGUUAUCACAUUGAAGAGGUAUAACUAAGGUUAUCACAUUGAAGAGGGAGCAUCAUAAAUUCUUCCACUUGCCAAUCGUGUGUGGGUUUCAAGUUGAUUGGGAAAAGGUCUAGGAUUCAAUCCCUGUGUCUAUAAACCCCUUCCCCAUGACCCCAUUGUAAUUUAAUGUAAUUGCUUACUUGUAUGUAUAAACUUUUCCACUUAGUUAUGUUAUGUCUUGCGUUGAACCAGAUUGUACAGAUAUUUUCUACAUUGGAGUUUGCUCGUAUGGUUUUGGUUUUCUUCCUGUCCCUUCUUUAAGUCUUAUUAUAAGAUUUGCAGUUCAAACAUCAAUAAACCGUGCAGCUAAACAACUUAUUUAA